UUUACAAGUAGGGGGGGGGGCACAUGUCCCCAGUGCUCUCGGUUCCUACGUCUAUGCUUUUAAAGAAACCUACUUGUUAGGUACCUGAUCUUAACUAUUCCAUGUAAAGGUUCUAAUUUUUUUUAAUAACACUAUGUAAGAACGCUUUGAAAAGACUUUGUGUUAAAUCUUUAAUCCUCAAUCCUAAAUCCUAAAGAGAUUCAGUAUGGAAACAGCGUAACCAUUAUGUCAUGAACAUUUUGAUCAAUGUAAUAAAUUGCAAACAACGCAAAAAUUUAAAAUCCACAUCAAAAACUGAACUGUUCAAUUCUUUUAGUUUAUGUCCUUGGUAAUAACAUCUUAACCAAAUAGUUAUCUUCAAGAUAUAUUUAUGAAACAACCCAGCUAGUCCUUGCAACAACCCAGCUCUUCCGAGAAUCCUGUUUAAUUUUUUUUUAUUUGAGGUGAGCAUGGGCCCUUUUGAAAAAUGCCCCACCACCCAAAAGCCCUUAAAAAAUGCCCUGCUAUAUUCUUUCACUCCGUUUCUGCACGCUGUCAAGCAUAGAAAUGAGGCUAAAACGAGGCUAAAUCAAAAUUUCUUCAAUUUUUUGCUGUAAAGUUUUCUGAAAACAAGGACACCGUGAAUACUCUAACAGUUAGAAUCAUGCUUGGGGGAAGAAUUCCUCCUUUCAAUCAGCUUUUAUUCGCUACCAUUGUGGGCAUAGCUAGUGGCGUCUACAUUUUCCAACCAUCAUACUUCAUCCAAUUUAGAAACAAUUAUUAUACAAAACAGCCAACGGAUGGGGAAGAGCCUAACCAGACAACGAUGCAGGAGAGAAAUUGAGAAGCAUGUUGUUAUAGCGACUGAUUUUGCCUGCGUAUGUUGUGAAGGGUAGCAUCUGAGGACCCUGCCAUUCUCACACAAAAAGAGAACUAUUGAUGUUUGUUUCUGACCAGUACUGUUGCUGUUUGUUUCUGACGAGAAUUUCUCAUAAUUUCAAAUUCUGUAGACGAGGCAUAUAAUGGGAACAGAACUAAAAUGACUAUUUUGUAACCUAGCUUUUAAAAAGCCUGCAAGGCACCAGUUUCAGUCUUACUCCAUUUUCCAAGCAAUUGCUGGCAUAUUAAACAGUGAUCUUUUUUAUCAAGGAACAAAAAAAGGAUCAUUGUGUUGUCAUAACUGUUGUGACAUCAAUAUUGACUGCUCUAUCAUUAUUUCGUUUUAUGUGAGAUUGGAGUGUCUUAUACCCUGCGUGCUCAUCAAAAGAUGGACCAGUAUCCUGAAUAGAACAGAAUUACAAUUUUUGUUUGAAAUUUUAAAGGUGUUUAUUUUGAAGGUGACAACAAUAACUUUUUCAGGAUUUGUGUGAUACCCAUAAUGUAAAGCAUGUUUUCAUUUAAAACAAAAGACAAAUAACUGUCAAAUAAUGGUUCCAAGGACAGAAGAGCCUAUUACAGUUUGAGGGGGCUAAAGCAUAAAAAUGCUAAGGCCCCCAUAGCCCCCCUGUUUUUACAGUCCCUGGUUGGUUAUUCAGUAUAAACAGUUUGAUCUGUACUCAUUACGUCAAAAUUUUAUACAGUCUUUGACAUUAAGUGGGAUAUAUCUUUUUGUUAAUUAGUAGUUUAACCAUAACUGAUUUGAUAUUAUCUCAUAUUAUUAAAUAUUUUUAUGUCUAAGUAAUAUCAGCUGAUUUACUGUGAUUGCUAUAGACUAAAUUGGUAGUGUGAGUAAGCAACCACAUCAAUGUUUUGUGCACUACACUCGUGGUCAGUUGUGUUAAUCUAAGUGCAUCCUUACAUAAAUACUUAUUUUUUUCUUAUUUUAACCCUUAAGCUCUGCAAAUCAUUUUAUUUUCAAACUGUGUUGUUCUUUAUCGUUUUGCAAAUUCUUGCUUAGUGUUUAUUUGCUAUUAUCAUCACAAGAUUAUGUAGAUCUCUUCUCAAAUAGAAAGCCUAAAAGCAUAUUUCCCUUUUGACAUGAUUAUAGUUAAGUCUCUAGUUUUGAAUUUGAUUUUCAGCAGUGACUUGUCAUAAAUACAUUUUUAGCUAAAGUUGCAACUUUUUUGAUAAUAUUUGCUCUUAUGUACUAUUCUCUUAAUUUUAAGUCAACGGAGCCCUUAUUCCAAUGUUUUUUGUCUGUAUUAACACCUACUGUUCCUUUACAGAAAAAGAUGUAUUUGUUUUGUUAGAUAUUGAGUAAUUGAAGCUUGUAUCCCUUCUCAAAUAAACACAUAGUUAUGUUGCUUUGAAACAGAAAAUCUCAGAACACAAUGGAAGAUGUACUGCAGUCUUUUGGAGAAAAGUGCCCUUAUCUUUUUGAAAAGGUACCCCUUUUUAAGUGCCCUCAUUUGAACUUUUGGAGAAAUGCACGGCUGUUUUUGAGACAUAAAGCCCUUCCUUAUCUACACCUCUCCAACUUUGUAGUACUUCUGGCACCUCAAGUUUAAAAUCAUAACUUAUUUGAUGCUCCUCUGGUGAAUAAAUUACUCGGAGAAGGCAAAUUAAUUUUGUCACCAAAUGAAUAGAGUCAUCAUUCCAUGGAUAUAUGCAUUUUCAAUUAAAGAGAGAUUGAAAAUAUGAUUGCAACACAAAUUUGGAAAAGGGAGUGGGGCAAGAGCUGAUAUCAGGCUUAUAGUAAAAUAUUGUGUCAUUUUGCUCUGUAAACAAGUGAAGUUGAGGCAUGUUUUUUCUCAUUCUGAUUAAUGCAAGUAAAAGCAACAUCCAUUGCUUAAAAGGAUGUAAAUUCCCAAUUAGCAGCUUUUUAAACAUCCAGUAUCAUUUUGCAACUGCGCAGGCAGUGGCUAAGUUCCUAACGUAUUUCUCGGCUUGUGAUAAAGUGCUCGGUGACGUAUAUAGGCAGAGCUCUACACUCUUUUUGGUGUAUAGAAUAGGACUGUUAUAUGUGUUACUCCGAGUUUCACGCUUAAUGCGAUCAUCAGGAAACUUUUCUGUUAUACCUAUUUGUACAAAGAAGUAUAUUUCUAUGACACCAACAUCACUCUUUGGAGCUCGAUUGAGUGGCACCUAGAAAUCGAAUAAUACGCGAUUAGAGGGAUGAGCGAUUACGAGUUUGAGAAUAGACAGAUUCUUUGGAAAAGUUUGAUGUUUUCCAGACAUUUUAUUAGCAUCUACAAUUAAGCCAUUUAAGAUCAGCACUGGACACUGAUGACAAGUUUGAUAGAUCUCAUUUUACCUUGAACUGAGUCUAUAAACUUUUGAAAAGAUUUAAUAUUGACAGAUGCUCAUCUUCUUUGGUAAAUAUCAACUAUUCUUAAGGAUUCUUGUCGUUUUAAUAGACGAUUAGAAGUAGCUGUUGAUACACUUCGAAUCCUGAUAGAGACGUCUAAUUUACAGUCACUGUCUUGGCGAUAAAUUAUUCAAUAAUCCCACACUGUGGUAUUUUCUUGAUUUUGAAUGCGUGAAUCUAGUUUGUCUCCGAAGUUUAUUGCCAUCAAUACUGUAACCUGCUUUUUGUGGCUUAAUCACAUAUUCAAAUACUUGUGUCCUUCUGAUUAAAACUAUUUUCCGUUACCAUACAAACGAAUUUUCGGGAAUAUUUUGUAAACAGGCCGUACUUUUCUUGUGAAAUUUCUAUCCUGCUGCUGAUAUCAAAUUGCUUUAAGGAUUGAACAGGCAAUAGAAAAAAGAUCAAUUGAAGGCAUCAAACUUUAAAGGAUAUAGAUGCAUAAUCCUAGGAAAAAUGACUGUGCAAUAUUGUUUGCUGGUUGCGCUGCUGCAGUUAAUCUGUCACAGUCAAAUACAUGAUGCUCACGUGCAUCAUCUGAGGAUUGGCGCCCUUUUGGAUCAAUCAAACAAGACGCUUGCCAAAAUUGUUCACGGAGCAGUGGAUCUAGCCGUCAGGAGCAUUAACGAAGAUGUGGCCUUUAAGAAUGUAUUUUCACUGGAUUACGUCAUCGGUGAAUCAGGCUGUACUGGAGAGAAAUCUACUGGCGAGUUCGCUAGGCUUAAAUACCGGCACCAAGUAGAUGCAAUUGUUGGCCCGUCAUGCGACGAAGGCUGUAAAGCCGGCGGUUUCUUAGCAACUUAUCAUAAUGUGCCAAUGCUGUCACAUAGUUGCAGCACUUCACAGAUGAGCGAUAAGGUUAAGUACCCAACGUUUGGCCGCUUGAAGGCGUACGCGAGUGCCUCUCCGCUCACAACUACCAAUGCUUUAGUGAUGUUUUUUGAAAACAUGAAUUGGAAGAAAAUAGGGAUUAUCCAUGGGAAUGGAGAGAAAUGGUCCAGUGCUGCAAGUACAAUAAAGUAUGGCCUAGAGAAAGCCAAAAUAGAGAUUGCCGUUUCUGCUGAAUAUCUGUUUGGCCACACAGCGUCGUCAGCUCAUGCAAGCAUGCAGGCAGUAAAGAGGCUUGAUGUUAGAAUCGUUCUGCUUCUGGUUGAGGGGGAAGACGUUAUGAGGUUAGCAGAAGCCGCCCAGCAGCUUGGAUUGUAUAAAGGGAAGAAUGUAUUUUUGUCUUUGGAUUUCUAUACUUGGGAAUCGAUGCCAAACUGGAUGUCAAAGUAUCCUGCAAACCUACUUGAAGGGUGGCUGGACAUCUCAACAAAAUCUAUGUCAAGCAGCUUUAUCGUCAACGUGGAACAUGACAGAUUCAAGAACGAACUGCAGAUGCGACUGUUAAAGGACCCUUUCUACAUCCAAGUUGCAAGUAUUCACCAGCAUGCAUUUUACAUCCAUGAUGCCGUCUACACUUAUGCGAAAGCUGUGAAAAAUGCCCUUCACAACUCCUAUAUUGAUCACGUGGUUUUCUCCAUUUAUGAUAACAUCACCAAUACUUCAAAUUUGUUGGCUUCAAGAAACAUAACUAACUUCACCACUGGUGACGUCAGAAGCAGUAUAUGGCCAGGGAAUGACGAUGCAAUGAAAGAACUGCGGAACUGGACGAUGACUCAUCUGAAUUUUACAUCCAUCAAUAACACAUACAAUGAAAGUACAUGGCUGAGGGAUGGAAAAUACAUUGCAAGAGAGAUAUUUAAGAUCGACUUUAAUGGCGUUUCUGGUCCCGUCAAGAUGAAUGGCCGCGGCAACCGGGUCCCAAUUCUCAUUGUGAGAAACUUUCUGUCACUCAACAGCUUUAUCGAAGUGGCGAGUUAUGAUGGCACGUCAAGCGAAUUUAAGAUUAUCUCGUAUGACUUUACUUUUGCUGGAAAGUCAAAGGAUAUUCCACCUGAUCAAGCAAAAUGUGGCUUCAAGGACGACCCUUGCCAGAAGGUGGCCGAAACAUCAACAUCGGCACUUUUGAUCGCAAUUUUUGCGCCACUCGCGACCGUGGUUGUCCUAGUUGUUUUGUACAAGAAAUACAAAAAACGAAAUUUUGAGAAUGAUAUUUUCAACAAUAAAAGGUCGUUUUUGGACUAUUCAGACUUGAUCAUUCAAAGAAGCUCGGUUGAACAAAUGAAAGAUAACCAAAGUUUGGACGAUCUCGGCUCCUUACAGAAUGACUCAUUAAAUGAAAGAGACGUGACAAUGUCAACAUCAUCACGAUUUUUUAAGGAUCACAUUAACGCAUUUGUGGCGUUAUACAAGCAUCAAAAUGUCUUUGUCAAGCGACUCCAUAAGAGGCAAGUUCACUUGGAUCGAGAGACGUUGCUGGAGAUAAAGUUGGCACGUGAUAUUCAUCAUUCAAAUGUCAAUCCAUAUUUGGGAGUCGUUGUUCAGCCUCCAAGGAUCUGCGUUGUUUCGCCGUAUUGUACGAAAGGCAGUUUGAGGGACGUACUGGCAAAUGAGGACAUCACCCUAGACUGGGUAUUUCGUAUUUCUUUUGCUGGGGACAUCGCCUCGGGAAUGGCAGAGAUUCAUGAAAUGAUAGGACCCAUGGGCAAUCUGACAUCUUACAAUGUCUUGGUCGACAGAAGAUGGACAUGUCAGAUCUCUGAUUAUGGGCUUGAGCGUUUUAAAGAGCCUACUCGACAUCAUGCGCCAACCCCAACUAACGAGGAAAAGUACCACAAAUUGUUAUGGAAAGCACCAGAACUUUUGAGUGUAACAAUGAAGAAGACGAGCAAGCCUGGAGAUGUGUAUUCCUACGGAAUAAUACUGUCUGAAAUCAUUACUCGUACAUUGCCAUAUGAAAACUACGGCUAUCCAGCUAAAGACGUUAUUCACUUUGUGCAAAGGAGAUGUCUGCCUCCUUUCCGUCCGCAUGUGAGGCUGCAAAGUGGUUUGGAUGGUAGAAUACUUGAUAUGAUGAGGAGAUGUUGGCAUGAGUUUCCUGCCGAACGGCCUACAUUCACUGAUCUGAGAAAGCCUUUGAAAGCUGUCAUGAAAGAUAGAAAUGAAAGCCAAAAUCUGGUCGAUAACAUGUUAGAAAUGAUGGAGAAAUACACAAACCAUUUGGAAAGAAGAGUCAAUGAGAGAACAGAGCAAUUGCGCUCUGAAAAGGAGAAAGUGGAAUCACUUCUGUAUACAAUGUUACCAAAGUCUAUCGCACAUAGGCUGAAAAUGGGCGAGCUGAUUUCGCCUGAACAAUUCUUCUGUGUUUCAAUCAUGCUGGCGGAUAUUGUCGACUUCUCAUCAAUAACAGCAAGCAGCACACCGAUGCAGGUUGUGGACGUUUUGAACGACUUAACAAAGAUUUUUGACAGCACUAUCGAGCGCUUUGACGCUUUCAAAUUUGAAAACUACAAUGAAAAGUAUUCAGUCGUCUCUGGAUGCCCCAAAAAGAACGGUAUUCGACACGUGAGGAAUAUUGCCAUGCUUGCCUUGAAGAUGAUGGGCAAAAUGACUGCAUUCAGAAUGAGGCAUCGCCCGUACGAGAUACUUCGUUUACGAAUCUGUUGUCAUUCUGGCCCUGUCGUUGGCGGACUGGUUGGUCUUAAAACACCAAAGUACUGUCUCUACGGAGAUUCAAUGUCGUAUAUCACUCAUCUUGAAGCAACUGGACCCCCUUUGAGAAUACAAGUGAGUCCAGAUUUCAAAGAGAAAUUGAACGACGUCGGAGGCUUUGAGACAAUCAUACGUGGCCCUGUUAGAGUUAAGGGACGUGGUCUAGUGGUGUCUCAUUUUCUUGUCGGAAAGGAAGGAAUGGACAUCGAGUUACCAGAACCAGAACCUGAUAAAGGCUUGGAACUCAAAGAUUUAGGAUCAAGAAAGACAUCAACAGUUGACAGUAGAGCCUCCAAACCAACCAUUAAAGAACUUGCAAACGAGUAAUGAAAGCUGUGAAAAUACUAGGUUCCCGACUGAAAUUGUAAAAAGACGAAAGUAGCAAAUCCUUUUUAUCCUACAACCUCCUUCUUCAAUAGCCCGGAGCAAUAGCUACUGUCAAAGGUUACCGGCUUCGUUCUACCCCUAUUUAGGUGCAAACCUACACAGGUUUUAGAACAAGACUCUCUUUAGAAAUUGCUCUGUAAAGGAUUCCUUAGGGCAGUACCAUGGACACUUGUUACCAAUUUCAGGGGCGGAUCCAGAGCAAAUUUGAAGGAGGGGCAAUUGGAAGUGGGGGCAGUGAAAAAUUUUCAAAAAUUGGUGACGAGGAGUACACUGUAUACAACAAUUUCAGAUCCAUUAUCGGAAUAAGCAACACAACUUUGAAGUAAUCCUUGAAGCAAAUUAACCUAUCGUCUCAAAAACGUCCAAAAUAGGCGCACAAUUUCCAAAAAAGGGGCGCCAGACCUGCUUCAACUCGUUGCUUCUAGUUGCCCACCCCGUUAAAUCCGCCACUGGCCAAUUUCUAACAAUCUUUAGUAUUGUUGCUAUGAGGGUAUCAAGUUUUAUAUUCAUUAAGAGCCGUAAAAAGAGGGGUAUGAUUUGAGUUGAUGAAUAUCUGACUUAUAAUUGCCAGCCGUUCAAAAGCAUUCUUCAAGGUCCUAUUCUUAAAUUAUUACCGACUAUGCAUGUUUGUAAAUAUUACAAUUAACACGGUAAGUGCUAUGUACAAAUUUAUUUUUUAAUUCGAAGGAACAAAAAAGAUCCGAUUGUAAAGUAGUUUUGUUAUGUAAUAGCAAAAAUUUUUAAAUUUAAUAUGCACCAACGCAAAAUCUAUGAGAA